AAAACCUUGGAUAUUGGCCUAUAAAUGGAGGCAUUAAGCACAGCAGUUCCUCCAGUACUACACAGAGCAAUAAUGGAAAAGAUGGAAGAGAAAAGCAGCCAUGUCAAAAGACAAAAGGGUGGCAUGAUCACCAUGCCCUUCAUAUUUGCAAAUGAGGUCUGCGAGAAGUUGGCCGUGGUGGGGUUUGGUACUAAUAUGAUUAGCUACUUGACAACACAACUGCAUAUGCCAUUAACACAAGCUGCUAACACUCUCACCAACUUCGGAGGAACUUCAAGUUUGACGCCCCUCAUCGGAGCCUUCGUCGCCGACGCAUAUGCCGGCCGCUUCUGGACUAUAACAAUUGCUUCCAUCAUCUAUCAAAUUGGAAUGGUUUCUUUAACACUGUCAGCAAUUCUUCCACAACUGAGGCCACCGCCGUGUGAAGGUGAACAAGUGUGUCAACAGGCGAACACUGGACAGCUCACAAUUUUAUAUGCAUCUCUCCUGCUUACAGCUCUCGGGUCGGGUGGAAUCCGACCCUGUGUGGUAGCAUUCGGGGCGGACCAGUUUGAUGAGACAGAUCCGAAACAAGCAACAAAGACUUGGAAAUAUUUUAAUUGGUACUACUUUUGCAUGGGGGCUUCCAUACUUGUGGCUGUGACAGUGAUUGUUUAUAUUCAAGAUAAUAUUGGAUGGGGCUGGGGUCUCGGUAUCCCAUGUAUUGCAAUGUUCAUUUCAAUUAUUGCAUUCAUCUUUGGGUACCCGCUUUACCGGAACUUGGAUCCAGCUGGGAGCCCAUUUACCCGAUUGAUACAAGUGUGUGUGAGUGCGUUUAGAAAGAGAAAGCUGGCUAUGGUUUCUGAUCCGAAAUUGUUGUACCAGAAUGAAGAACUUGAUGCCUCUAUUUCUCUUGGUGGAAAGCUUUUGUACACUAAACAUAUGAAGUUUCUCAGUAAAGCUGCAAUUGUGAAUGAAGAAGACAAUCUGAAAUCUCCAAAUCUUUGGAGAUUAAACACUGUCCAUCGCGUGGAGGAACUUAAGUCUGUGAUUAGAAUGGGACCAAUAUGGGCUGCAGGGAUUCUCCUAAUCACAGCUUAUGCACAACAAAGCACAUUCUCCUUGCAACAAGCCAAAACCAUGGACAGGCACCUCUCAAAGUCCUUCCAAAUCCCUGCUGGCUCCAUGUCAGUCUUCACCAUGGUCUUUAUGCUCUCUACAAUCGCUUUAUAUGAUCGCAUAUUAGUCCCUGUUACCCGGAAAUUCACUGGCCUUGAUCGCGGCAUCACCUUCUUGCACCGCAUGGGAAUAGGCUUUGUCAUAUCAAUAUUAGCCACUCUUGUUGCUGGCUUCGUCGAAGUGAAGAGAAAAGAAGCAGCAUUGGCACAUGGGCUCGCCGAUAAACCUCAUACAAUUAUUCCCAUUUCAGUGUUUUGGCUUGUGCCGCAAUAUGGUCUUCAUGGAAUAGCUGAAGCCUUUAUGUCCAUCGGUCAUUUGGAGUUUUUUUAUGACCAAUCACCAGAAAGCAUGAGGAGCACUGCUACUGCAUUAUUUUGGACGGCGAUUUCAGCUGGGAAUUAUAUUAGUACACUUUUGGUGACUUUGGUGCACAAGUUUAGUGCUGGAGCUGAUGGAUCAAAUUGGCUGCCGGAUAAUAACUUGAAUAAGGGAAAAUUGGAGUACUUCUACUGGUUGAUCACAUUGAUGCAAGUUGUCAAUCUUAUUUACUAUUUAUUUUGUGCCAAAAUGUAUACUCUUAAGUCCCUUCAGAUCCAUAACAAAGAAACUGACUCUGAAGAUGGAGGAGUAGAGCUUGAAAGCAAGGUUUAGUUGCAGCUUCAAGGCAGAAUUGGGAUUUACGUAGUGAUGGAACUAGCCAUAUGUAGGGCACUUGGGGCUAGCUAAUUAAUGUAUCUCUAAAUAAUAUGCAUGUAAAAUUAUGACAUAGAAAUUAGUAUGUACAACUUUUUGUACGAUUUAUCACUAUAGAUGUUAAGAGAAUGUUCUCUCUUUUCAUUUUAAAGA